GCAGUGCUGCGGCUCCCCGGACUGUGCAGCUUCCUGGCGGCCGACUGAGUCACAAUGGCGACCUCACUGGGCUCCAACACCUACAACCGGCAGAACUGGGAGGAUGCGGAUUUUCCAAUUUUGUGUCAGACAUGUUUGGGGGAAAAUCCAUAUAUUAGGAUGACAAAAGAAAAAUAUGGCAAAGAGUGCAAGAUUUGUGCUCGUCCAUUUACAGUGUUCCGCUGGUGUCCUGGUGUACGUAUGCGCUUCAAGAAGACAGAGGUGUGCCAGACUUGUAGUAAGCUGAAGAAUGUCUGCCAGACCUGUCUUCUGGAUUUAGAAUAUGGAUUGCCUAUUCAAGUGCGAGAUGCCGGUGUGUCCCUUAAGGAUGACAUGCCAAGAUCGGAUGUAAAUAAAGAAUAUUACACACAGAAUAUGGAGCGAGAGAUUGGAAACUCUGAUGGAACGCGUGCAGUUGGUGCUCUUGGCAAAGCCACAUCUAGCAGUGACAUGCUGCUAAAACUUGCUCGUACCACUCCUUACUACAAGCGUAACCGGCCACACAUUUGUUCUUUCUGGGUGAAAGGAGAGUGCAAAAGAGGGGAGGAAUGUCCGUACAGGCAUGAAAAGCCUACUGAUCCAGAUGACCCCCUGGCAGAUCAGAAUAUUAAAGACCGUUACUAUGGUAUCAAUGAUCCUGUGGCAGACAAGCUCUUAAAAAGAGCAUCCACUAUGCCUCGUCUGGACCCUCCCGAAGACAAGAGCAUUACAACGUUAUAUGUUGGAGGGUUGGGUGACACAAUAAAUGAGGCAGAGCUCAGGAGUCACUUCUACCAGUUUGGUGAAAUACGAACGAUUACAGUUGUUCAGAGACAGCAAUGCGCCUUCAUUCAGUUUGCAACCAGACAAGCAUCUGAGAUGGCAGCAGAAAAGUCUUUCAACAAAUUAAUUGUUAAUGGAAGAAGGCUUAAUGUCAAAUGGGGAAGGUCUCAGGCAGCCCGAGGGAAAGAAAGAGAGCGGGAAGGCACCAGUGAUUCUGGACUGAAACUGGAGCCUGUCCCUGGUCUUCCUGGAGUUUUACCUCCCCCACCUACAGAAGAGGAAUCAUCUGCUAACUACUUCAAUCUCCCGCCUAAUGGUUCAACGACUUUGGUUAAUAUAGCCUUGCCUCCUCCACCUGGAAUUAGUGGCCCACCUCCAGGAUAUGGCCCACAUAUGUUUCCUUCCAUGGCUCCACCACCUUUUCUACGUGCCCCAGGGCACAUCCACUAUCCGUCUCAAGAUCCUCAAAGGAUGGGAGCACAUUCUGGCAGACAUAGUAGUGCUUGACUUUAGGAUAUACUUAACCCCAAUCAAGCAGAAUGGUGUUUGAAUGUGCAUACUCUCAUUUUAAGCAAAAGACUUUGUUUUAUCUUCACAAAGGCCACAGUUUGCCAAUGUAUUGCAGUUCCUAAUGGUAGCAAAAUGUUGCCUAAAACAGUGGACAAUGACUUAUAAACAGUCCUAUAAUACGGAACAGAAAUCAGUCUUCUGACUACAUUUUAUACCGGCUUGAUUAGUGGGUUUGUUUGGGGGGUUUUUGUUUUGUUUUUUUCUUUUUGUUAUGAAAACACUGUCAUCUCCAUAUUGUGAGAAAAAUAAAAAAAAAUCAUUCAAUUCAACCGUGUAUAUUAAGAUUCCAUUCCACAGCCUGGACUAAUUUUGUUAAACUACGUUACAAAAGCCCGAACUUAUGGACCUGGACUUAUAUUUUUAGGAUUAUUUUUUUUGUCUGCUAAAUGUUUAUUUCUUGUUCACAACAAUAUGAACAGGUGUAAAGCUAAAAUCGGCAAGUUCUUGUAUUGUCUAUGUCCACAGAAAUAUAAAACUUAAUUUGCCUUA